AUGAGGACACAUCGAUUUCUUGAGUGAGUACUUUUUUGUGGAAAAUUUGAGAAAUUGUCAAAAAUGGAAUGCAAAAUAGCCAAUAGUGGCCGUCGAAAAACGGCAUUUUAAUCGAAAGAGCCCCAAUUUCGUCUAGCUUCCUUUUAAAAACUGGUUAUUCUUCAAAUUGGCCUAGAAAAAUGGCUCAACCAAAACUUGAAAAAAUCGAUUUUUGGAUUUUCAAACAAAAAUCCGAAAAGUCAUCAAUCUUCUUCUCAUGUCUAUCACACUUUUCUUUUUCUUCUGCUCCCGCUAGGACACCAUCCGGCUUUUUCGCACUUUAUGAGACAAUUUUUGUGCUCCGUUUUCACUCAUUUUUCUCCGCCACUUGACCCGUUACACUAAAAAUGUGCAAUAUUUCUAUUUCACUAUGAAAUUCCACACAAAAAUGCGUUGUUUUUGCAGAAUGGAGCUCUCGGAAGUGUUGAUAACGCUUCCGACGCCCGCGCAUCGACGGGAGCAGCCGAAAAUGUUCAAAUCGCAUUUUGGAAGCCACGUUUUCACCGUCGCCAAGUACCUGUGCAUCGAUUUGCGGACACCCGGCACCGCGCGGAAUUUCAAUGGAAUCGUCACGAGCAUUCUGUUUUUUGUGGGUGCGUUACACGUUCCUUAGCUUUGAACCCUCAUAUCUCAAGAUCCAAUCAUUAUUUCAAAAAGUGGUCAACUGAAAAGUUGUUGCAAAUUAAGUGCUCUACAACUUUGUAGUUGAUCAUUUCAUCCCAAAACUCGUCAUUUUUGAGUUUCAGCCACCUACUCGAUCGGCUUCAACAUCCGCAUCACCUUUCUAACCCGUCAUUUGUCGGCCGAACUCGCCGCCCAACUCCUCAUCAUUCUAUGGGCCAUUCAAUCGCUCAUCUCUAUGGUACUUUUGCAUAGUUUCAUCGGCAAUUUUCAGUGAUUUCAGGGAUUCCUAGUCUACUGGCAACUCUACGGUCAUUUGUCAGAGUUCCGGAAACGUUUAGCUCAAUGCCAAGGAUUUCAGGGACUCGCCAGCGAUCGUGGAAAGAAGUAUGUGAGAGGUGGACGCCCAAAAAAGGUUCUGCUGAAGAAAUGAUAGAUUUGCAGCUACCAACAGGUUUUUCUACGCAACCAUAUUCCUGACAUGCUCGAUAACUGCCGCAUUCGCUGCCAAAUAUCAUUUGGAGGAGAAGCACACCGAAUUUCAAGAGAAACAGUCUUUUGUGAGUAAAAUCAUCAGUUUCACACUAUUUUCGAUCUUUCAACGCAAGAUCUUGUGUACUAACAAAUGAUCAUGAACACAUUUUCUCGAAUGAACGUCAUUCGUGCCGGCCAAAAAGUUCUGUAACUUUGAACCCUUAUAUCUUGAGAUCCAAUGAUUAUUUCAAAAAGUGGCCAACUAAAAAGUUGUUGCAAAUUAAGUGCUCUACAACUUUGUAGUUGAUCAUUUCACUUCAAAACUUCUCAUUCUCGAGUUAUGGUCACUACUUCCAGAUCUUCUACUAUCCGCCGCUCCGUCCGCUGUACACCCUGGUGACCACGUACCUGUACAUUGUGUUCAACAUGACCCUCUUCGUUCUCAUCCUCUACACAAAUGCCACGUAUCUGGAGAUGCGUUUCUUCAACGAGGAAAUCUCGAAUUUCGACGGAUCCGGACCCGGGGCCGCCGAAAAUAUUCUGGGGCAUUUGGAGAUUUACAGCAAUUUGUGCGCGGUCAUUCGACAUUUGGACCUCAUUUUUCGGGUUCGUUCUGAUCUGAAAUGUUUGAAUCUCUGAGAAAUUUGACUGUUUUUUUGGCUCAAAACGUUCACAUUUUGAAUUUCUCGCCGACAGUGCGCUCUUGCAGCUCUACACGUUCAUAAUGAUUCUGAUCACGAUUCCGUCGAUGGUGUUCACGCUAAUGAUGAUGAACCACCGGAUCCACUCGCUUCUGGAUCUCUUUCUCUGCCUGCCGACGAUCGGCCUCUGCGCCUUCAGCUUCUUCGCAGUUACCAUCGCUCCCGCCAGGCUACACGAUGAGGUACGCACGUUUUUUUUUUUGAAAUUUCUCCAACUCUUUUUCCUCAUUUUAAGCUCAAAACUCUGGGCUUUGUAGCUUGAUUUUGUAAGUUUGUACGAUUUUUGUAUUGCAGAUCUGCCGUUCGAAAGGUCAUUUGUGUCAGAACCGGACAAUAUGGUUUCCGUAUCGAAAAGAAGUGUACCUGAUCGCGAAUACGCUCUCUUCUCACAUGGAACAGUUCGAUUUGGGCGUCUCCGUCUGGGGAUUCGCCGUCCUUUCGAGACCACUCAUUUUGGGAGUCAGUUUUUGGGAUUGUACGGACACUAGCCUAUGAUACUUUGAUGUUUUCUGAUGACUUGACUCAAAGCAACGAUGUCAACUUUAAAAAAUUGUUCUAUCUCGGCGGCCGGUAGAGAUAUCAAAAAGUAGUCAACUAACAAAUUGUUUAUUGAAAAAUUUUGCACAUUUUAUCAGUUGACAACUUUUUGAUAUCUCUACCGACAGCUGAGAUAUAUAGUUUUCGAACCGCCCAAAAGGUUUAGUAUGUUUGGACGCUUAUAUCCUGAGAUCCAAUGAUUAUUUCAAAAAUUGAUCAACUAGAAAGGUGUUGCAAAUUUUGUCCUCAACAACUUUGUAGUUGAUCAUUUCGUCCCAAAACCCGUCAUUCUUGAGUUACGCUGCACAUUUUCAGACGCUCUCCGCGACCGCAAUGAUGUUAUCCUUGUUGACCGAACUGGCGCCGAAAGCCGAAUUACUCAAUGAAGUUUGA